AGCACAUUUUACCUUUAACACAAUCGAGCACCAGUCGAUAUUGUCAAAUAGGUUUUAAGACGACGCCAUUUCUCAAUAUUUGGUUCCAGGAGACGAUAGUUUUUAGACACUUAUUAUAAAUUUUCAGCUCAGCAGGUAUAUGCUAAACGUACAGUGGUGUAAAAAAUAGUUCUUCUGUCUUUGCUUUUUUAUCACACUUAAACGCGUUAGAUAAUAAAAGAAACCGUUGGUUUCCAGCGUCCUCGGUCUUCUACCAUUGCAAUCACCUCUUAGGGAUCAAACAUCCAGAUUAUCAGUCGGUGGAUGCUGGAGGACCUCAGAUAGAGGGGAUGGUUCCCUGUUUGCAGUAUUGGUUUGAGUUGGGGACUAUCAUGUAAAAAACUACACAGACUGUCCACAAAGUCACAACAAGAUAUUCAGCACCGCUCGGACAGAUAGAGGUUCUCCAGUUUAUGAAACACGGUACCAGCCAAGGAAUCAUGAAGCAGCUUCCUCCAGACACGGUGCGGCUGCUGUCCAGCUCCCAGGUCAUCACUUCUGUGGUGAAUGUUGUGAAAGAACUGAUGGAGAAUUCCCUGGAUGCUGGAGCCUCAAGCAUCGACAUAAAACUGGAGAAUUUUGGCCUGGAUCGGACAGAAGUUCGUGACAACGGUUGUGGGAUCAAAGCUGUGGAUGCUCCAGUGAUGGCCGUCCGACAUUUCACCUCCAAGAUCUGCAGCCACGAAGACCUGGGGCAUCUGGAAACAUACGGCUUCAGGGGGGAGGCGCUGGGCUCCAUCUGUGCUGUGGCUGAGGUAGCUGUUACCACAAAAACGGAGGAAGACGACAUCAGCACCCUGUACACACUGGACUUCACUGGAAACAUCGUUUCUCAGAGGCCGUCCCACCUGGGUCAAGGUACGUCCGUGAAUGUGAUGAAGCUUUUUAAGAAUCUCCCAGUGAGACGGCAGUACUAUUCUUCUACAAAGAAGUGUAAGGAGGAGCUGAAGAAGGUUCAGGACCUGUUGAUGGCCUAUGCCAUUAUAAAACCAGAGCUCAGACUGAUGCUAGUGCAUAAUAAGGUGGUGGUCUGGCAGAAGCCCAGAGUGGCUGACAACAGGAGCGCCCUCGUUGCUACGCUUGGGCCCAGCGCUGUCACUAACCUGCUGUCGUGCCACCAAGAACAACCGGAGAUGGUUCUGGACAGCUUUCUUCCCAAGCCUGGAGCUGAUCUCCUCUCCACAAGCUCCUCCACUCCAGAUAAAACCUUCAUAUUCAUUAAUAACCGGCCUGUCCAGCAAAAAGAAAUUCUGAAGCUGCUGCGUCAGCACUACUCUGCUCAGUAUUCUGAUGAUGCGGCUCGGCAUCGCUACCCUGUCCUCAUGCUUAAAAUUACUGUCUCCCCUUCAUCAGUGGAUGUAAAUCUGACACCUGACAAAACCCAAGUCCUGCUUGAUAACAAGGAGGCGGUGUUGACUGCGGUCGAGGCUCUGCUGGUUUCUCUUUAUGGUUUUCGGCCGGGUCCAAGCCAACCAGCUGAAAAACAGCUGAACCUUGAGACUCUUCCUCCUCUAUCUAAUUGUUUGGAGAAUGACGCUUCACCCCUGGAAAAUAAGGAAAGCAGGAAAAUUGGUGUCGCCAGCCAUGAUGAAGGCUUCCACACAGAAGAACCGAAACACGGUGACACAGGUCAGUCAGCAGCAAACUCUGAUGCUUCCCUGCAGCGCCAGGCCUCCAACUGUAGCUCCUCAUCCUCUAUGGCAGACGACUGGAUUGUCAACCAGAUUCCCGCCGAGCUUCAGUCCGACCUCUCUCUUUGCGAUGAUGAAAUGACUCGGAGUCGCUCCCAAAUAACACAAACUAGUUCUGCAAGCAUAUCUCCAGAGAAACCCGGGGACUGUGAUGUUCCAGCUGCAGAAACAAGAAAGAUGCAAAUAUCGGCCGAGGACUGGAGUCGAGGUACAGCUCUGACUGACCCGACGUCAGGAGAACCUCUGCAGCCCGUCGUAAUCCUCCGACCCUUAAAGCUCGGUCAUCCCAGCCCGGAGGAGGACAUGAGUAAAAAGCCAAUCAACGCUAUAACAGAGAAACGAGCUGUUCUGACGGCCUACAACAUGAUCAGCAACCGCGCUAUGAGGGCACCACUGUCUCCCGCCUCCCUGUUCGAGAAGGAGGCCCGAUCGGAGGUCCUGAGGGAGCAGCCUGCGGCCAGCCUGCAGGAGAUCAGCACCGCUGUUCAGGAGAGGUGGAAAAAUCUGAGGGAGGAAGACAGAAAGAAGUAUGAGGAAAAGGCAAAGAAAAACCAGGAUCUCCAUGACCAGAGGACCAAGUUGGCCUCAGACGAGGGCCCCAAAGACCCAACAGAAAAGACCCCGAGGUCCAAAAUCCAGGGUCAGAAACGUAAAGUGCCACUGUCCAACCAGCAGCUACUGGAUGAACUCUUCUCUGCUCAGCCCCAGAAGAAGAUGAAGACUCCAGCCUCUAAGCCUUCGCAGCCCCUCCCCUGCAGCAUGGCGGCCCUCCGCCGGCAGCUUCAGCGCCUCUCAUCCCAGAACGACACAGGGCCCCGGGGCCUCCAUCUUGUAAACCGACUGGCUUCUCAGAGCUCCUGGGUCCUUCUGUGUGGUCAGAGGCUGAUGUUGUUAAACCCGUUUCGAGUGCAGGAAGCCUUGUUGUUUAGGAGGCUUGAGGAGAGUAAUAUUCUUCCAGCAGUGAGUCUGCAGAACCCGGUUCUGUUAACAGAUGGGAAUCUGGGAGGACCUGAGUACGUUGACACGUUGUGCAGCAUGAAGAAACAAGCAGCAGAGCUGGAUGGAAGUAUCUUCUUCUCUGACCCCAGACUUGUUGCCAGCGGCUUUAAAAUCAAACUCACACCAGGUCUCAUGUCAGCAAAGAGACAUCUGGAAGUGACGGCCAUGGCGGACUGCGUGCCGUUCCUCGGCGUGGAGGACCUCAGGGAGGUUCUGACUGCAGUUCUUCACAGGAAGGCCUCCAAAGUGCAAGAGUGCCGUCCACUUAAAGUCACAAACUACCUAAAAGCUGAGGCAGUCCGACUGGCCCGCCAGCUGCCUUCAAAUUUAUGUCACAGAGAUGUGGAGGAACUUGUUCAACGGAUGGAACGGCAGCUGGGUGGAACCAACCGGACCUGCAUCCACGGACGGCCGUUUUUCCAACACCUGACCGACAUCCCCUCUACAGACAGGGAAGCGAAGGCUCUGUUCAGGCCUUUGGAGCUUUGACCAACGAGACAUCCGACACAAACUUUAUAAAACUUCCUCUUUAUCCCCGGGUUCAGACAUCUGGUUUGCUGCCUUUUUCUCUCAGAUGAUAUUAAACUCUGCUUUGUCUCAGUUCUGUAAAGCUGGUGGGUCCUUCCUCAGGAAUGAACUUCAGAUGUUCUGAACAAGCCGUGGGCAGCCUGCCUGGCUCGUCAUGCUGCUGCUUCUGCUUUUCUUUCAGUGUGAGACGACUCCUGUUUUAAAUAUGUGAUUUGGUACAAAAACUACACAAGAUUUCUAACAGAAUGCGGCAUUCCAAUCAGGUUGGGUUCUGGACUUUAACUAGGCCAUUGCAGCUCAUUGAUUCUGUUUUGUUUCUCAGUCAUUCAGUUAUAAAUCUGCUGCUGUAUUUUGGAUCAUUGUUCUGUUGAUGACUCCGUUUGGACCAAACUGUCAGACAGAUGGACUUACAUUUAAAUUUAGAAUACUUUGGUGUGAAGUUCUUGACAGCUGGUAUGAAACACGGUCAUCUCAACAUUGUUCCACUAAUUUUACAUCCUUUUACAAUUUAACUGAAAAACUAAAUUGUUAAAUAAAAAAGAAAUCUUUAGUAGAAAUUGGUAAUAUUGGCCCACCUUGCCUGAUCUCCAGAUCUCAGACUGUGAGGACCUCUGUUGUCCACAGCCCUCUUCAGGUGAUUUUAUGUCCGCUAAAGUUCUGGUUCUGCCGCUGCAGAUCUUUAAUUCUCUUCUCAUGAACUCUCGUGUCUCUUGUUGAUUUCAAAGUUUGCUCAGACUCAACGAGCAGCUGAAAACUAAAAUUCAACUUUCUAACACACAUCUGAAGGUUUCUUCUGCCUUGAGAAAAAGAACCAGUUCCAGCUAAGCAAAGCAACCCCACAGCAUGAUGCUGCCACCACCAUGUUUCACAUUUCCCCAUUUUGUUUUUCUUGCCAAAUAUACUUUAUGGACCAAAACUUGAGGUUUGGUUUCAUCAGCUAUGGCAUGUAAAUCCUGCUGUGGAUCUUUUUCUCCUGACUGAUACCUUUGCUAAGAGAUUAUCCCGAUCCUUUGUAACCUCUGCCAACUAUGGCUUUAGUUGGCAGAGAGGUUUAGGUGAAAUUAAUCAGAUUAAAUUUAACCAGGUUAGAGUUCAACCAACUGAAUCAGAAGGUGCUUCUGCAGUAUUUAAGGUCUAUGUAUUUUACAUUUUCCACCUAUUAAUAAAGAUUGAUUGUUUAUUUAGAUACAUUUUACUGGAUAAAUGUGGAAAAGGUUUGUAAAUAAAUUGUCAGUCUCGUUUAUUUUACUUUGGAAAGCUUAUAGGGGUGUGUAGACUUUUGAGAGGAGCUGCAAACGUUUUCCACCUGGGAACCAUCUCUGUCUCUGCAGAAUGAUGGAAAUGAUCUCCAUAGCUCUAAGGUCAGCAACAGUUGCUGCUGUAAGGCCAUUGCUGAUGUCUUUCCACCUUGGCGAUGUGUUAACACACCUGUCUGCUGCUUUUAAAGAGGCGCUCACUCUGAUGACCCUCAGGUAGUGAAGUGGUCGAUCCUGGUCCCAGGCUGUAAAUUAAUACAUCAUUUUGUUUUUAUUUUUAUGUAUUUAUUUUACCUUACAACAUGCUGAAGUCCAUUUGAUUUAUAUACCGUCUUUAUAUAAAAAUAAAAUAAUAGCACUGAG